CCUCCUCAUUGGCGGAGAGCGGAGAUUCAGUGAACAGCUGAUUGGCUGAAAGUUUGUCCUUGGUUGUGUAUUUGAUGGAGGCGCAGCUGCAGCGCGCCUUAAAGCUGCUGAGUCCCGGACUGAGACAGAAACCAGCAGGAGACACAGACCGUUCGGACUAUCAGAGACUAUCCGAGACUAUCAGAGACUCACCAUGCUCGCUGCGUGUCUGGAGUCCCUCGGGCUGGCGCUGAGCGUCACGGGCUCGCUGCUGGUGAUGGUGGCGUGCGGGCUGCCCAUGUGGAAGGUGACGGCGUUCAUCGACUCCAACAUCGUGGUGGCGCAGACCAUCUGGGACGGGCUCUGGAUGUCCUGCGUGGUGCAGAGCACGGGCCAGAUGCAGUGCAAGGUGCACGACUCGGUGCUGGCGCUGACCCAGGACCUGCAGACGGCCCGCGCGCUCACCAUCAUCUCCGCCGUGCUCGGGGUCGUGGCGCUGACGGUGACGGUGGCCGGCGCGCAGUGCACCAACUGCCUCCGGGACGAGGUGGUGAAGGCGCGCGUGGUGAACGCCGGAGGGGUGAUCUACAUCGUCAGCGGGCUCUUCGUGCUGGUGCCGCUCUGCUGGAUGGCCAACACCAUCAUCGUGGACUUCCACAACCCGAACCUGCCGCCCUCCAAGAAGCGGGAGAUCGGCGCGGCCAUCUACAUCGGCUGGGCCGCCGCCGCGCUGCUGCUGCUCGGCGGGGCGCUGCUCUGCUGCUCCUUCUCCCAGGUGGUCCGGGGCGCGUACCCCAUCAAGUACGCGCCCACCAAGACCAUCACAUCCAACGGGGACUUUGACAAGAAGCAUUAUGUAUAAACUCAAACUUAUAUUUUAUAUCUUGGACUUUGGUUUUUUGUCUUUUUUUGGAGCUGGAGAUGUGACGAUGUGAAGCCAAAAGAUGCAGAAGUGGAGCUCGUUGGGACAUUAUGAGCACAUAAAAAAAAGGCAUUUUGGGUUGAAAAAGUGUUUCCAAUAUGUGUGGAUGCUGUAAAAAAAACUUAACGUAAAAGAGCCAACUAAUUCAGAAUGUAUAUUUACAAAAAAAAAACAUUUUUUAAAUCAGUUUGAACCCAAAAAUGUCUUUUUAGGAGGAGGCAAAAAUGUAUGAAAACUUCUUCUCUAGUUGAUUACUGAUUGGUAUUGCAACUUUUCUUGGAAAUGUUAUGUUUUUAAUAUAGAUUUCUUGCAGAAAACAGCAUUUCAAAGAGAUGUUUUUGUAAAAUUUCAGCAGGGACUUUGACAAGAAGCAUUAUGUAUGAACUCAAACUCAUAUUUUAUGUCCCAGACUUUUGUUUUUGGAGCUGAAGAUCUGAAGCCAAAAGAUGCAGAAGUGAAGCUCUUUGGGACCUUUUGAGCGCACAAAAAAAGGCAUUUUGGGUUUUAAUCUGCUAGUGAUUCAUCUAAAGGCCACUUCAGACACAUUUCAUGUUUGAGAAAGUGUGUGGGGAUGCUGUAAAACUUGACAUAAAAAAAAAACUUUUUUUAUCUGUUUGAACCCUAAAUUUCUUAUUUUUGUGCUGUAUUCAAAUGAAUGUAGGUCAGAAAAGAUCUUCCCAGCAUCCAAACUUUUUUGGAACCAGGAAUGUAGGAGAGGAGACAAAACAGCAUCUUGCAGAAAACAGCCUUUAAAAAGAUAUUUUUUUGUAAAAUUUCAGCAGGAACUCUGACAAGAAGCAUUAUGUAGACACUCAAAAUGAUGUUUUAUAUCUGGGUCUUUUUUGUCUGUAGAGCUGAAGUUUUAAAGAUGUAAAGAUGCAGAAGCUGAGCUGGUUGGGGCGUUACAAGCACAUUGUGGGCGUGUUUUUUUCAGGCAGCAGAAGUUUAUUUCUGCUCCUGAUGGUUUUAUUCUGCUUGUGAUGCAUCUAAAGGACACUUCAGACACGCUAAAUGUUUGAUUAGAGGCUGAAAAAGUGUUUUAAACAAGUGCAGACUGUAAAGAAAUUCACUGCAUUGUGGUUUUAUUGUCCCAACUUUUUUGUAUUUGGGGUUGUCAGAGAGACACUACAGGUGAAAAGGGUAAAAAAAAAAAAAUCUGUAUAAAUAAAGUAUUUUUUGUAUUGCAA